AUGAACUGGAGUACUACUCAUCGUGCUUUUUCGCAGUCCAAAAUCAGAACGUUGUAUGAUCCACCUCUAAAGUCUCAAGUUCGAAAGAAUUUUGCUUAUGGCGGGGUCUUCUUCCUUGAUUUGAGCUCAGGUACAUCUGCAGCACCCCCGAUAGCAUCAUGUACGAGUACAGUGGAGAAGACCUUAUACUCAGCAUCAUCAUUACCACGACGAGCACCCUUGACAUCGUCUUUCCAAUACACAUGGCGACGUGAGAUCCAUUCGAGUACUCGGCGAAGGGAGAGAGGUUAUGCGAGAAGAAAUAAAAGUUCUGCAUCAAAUCUAUCAAAUGGUCGGGGGACGCCUCAAGAGACCCACAAACCCUCACAAACUGCCCCGCCAUCGAAGGAGACGAUCACGGAUGCCAAUGCUGCACACUCUGCCUCUAGCAAGUACAAUCUUCCUCACAUGCCAAAGAUGCCGCAUCGGCCGACGAGAGAAGAACUACUCGCUGCAGCAACGGGAUUUUGGUCUCGGCUGAAGGUUCGAUUCAAGUGGUUUACAAUUAGAGGUGGACGACCCUGGAAUGUAGAUGAUUGGAGUGCUUUUGUUUCAUGGUUUGUCUUGGGGAAUAUUGCCUGGAUUUUCAUCGGGACUACAACUUUCUUCUCUCUCAUUAUCCUAUCUAUAAAUACUGUUGUCGCUCAAGAAACAUUGGCAAGGUGGGUUGGUGAUUAUCUCACUCAUUCGGCAGGUAUUAAGGUCGUUUUCGAAUCUGCUAUCGUCCCCCGAUGGAAAGAUGGAGUGAUUACAUUCCGGAAUGUGUUUGUCUCAAGGAGACCGGGACAAGGGAAAACCAAAUUUAGCAAAGGUUCAUCUUUGAAUGCAGCAGCAGCAGCGGCCUCUCAACGGCAGGUCGAAGUAGAGAGCAAGAAAGAGGAAGAGGAGGAUACAAACUACACCCAAUUUGACGUCACUCUUGACACAGUCAAUGUCACUUUAUCAUUUGUCAAAUGGUGGAACGGUAAGGGUCUUCUCAGGGAUGUAGAGAUCAAGGGGGUUCGAGGUGUAAUUGACAGAACUUCGGUACACUGGGGCGACGAAUACGUUGAUCCAAAAUCAUUUCGACAUGAGCAUAACCCUGGUGAUUUCGAGAUCGACUCUUUCAAGUUGGAGGAUCUCUUGGUUACCAUACAUCAGCCAAACGGCUUCCGACCCUUCUCUGUGAGCAUUUUCUCAUGCGACCUUCCUCAGCUGCGGAAACAAUGGUUAUUUUAUGAUUUUCUAUCAGCAAGCAAUGUGUCUGGAGCUUUUGAUGGGUCUCUUUUCACAAUUCACCCUCGACAAAUCCACGGAUUUGCUGGCUCGCACGUUCUCGAAUCUUCCGGAAAUGGCGCGUCGAACCCUUGGAAAAAGCAAAGCCGUCUCCGCAUAGACGGCCUCAAAAUUGACCAUUUAAAUCGAGGUGUGGAAGGGCCAUUUGGUUGGAUUCACGAAGGAAAUGUUGACAUUGUUGCCGACGUCAUGCUUCCAGCUGAAGCUGAUGAGAGCAUCGCCAAGGUGAUGUCCGAUUUUUACGAUCGCAUGGAAGAAGCUGUAACUUCCAAUCGAUAUUUUCAUAUCCUCGAGAAUAACACAAGGACCGAGGAAGCAGGAACACCCGAUGAGCUCGACGCUUUGGCGGAGAAAUCCUCUCACGACGAUGACAAACGCUACAUUGUCAUGGAUCUCCGCAUCCAUCUCAAUGACGUGAAGGCAGCCGUGCCCUUGUUUACUCGUGACCUCUCCUACGUUAAUCAAGCCCUUAUUCGUCCCAUCGUCGCCUAUAUUAACGCGAAGAAGACCUUCAUUCCCAUAAAUUGUCGAAUUGUGAAACGUGCUAGUGAUUUCGAUGGUAGCUGGACCAUCUUCGAUAGCGGACUAAUGGAUGAUAUGUCCGCAGAGACAUAUGAAGCAUUUGCGAAAGAUGUGGUAGAUAGUCAGGCACGUAUGCGCCGAUUAAAAAAGGUGGGGUUCUGGUCGAUCUCUAUGGCAAUUCAAGCAAUAUUCAUGGGCAUGGCGGGAAAUGUUGCUUAA